AUGUUGAAGUUGAGGACCCUUCAGUCGAGCGCCCCGGCCAUGGCUAUCGCUUCUGCACCCAUGGCUUCUGCGCCUGCGCAGAUGGACCCAGAACCCGAACCCCGGCAAGAGAAGGAAGACGUGCCAGCUUCUGCAAUUGUCAGUAGCCGCCAUGGCAUGUCACGGCUCCAGGCUUCCCUCAUCAUUAUGGUCUUGACAGGCAUCAGCUCACUGAACACACUGGGUUCGGGUGUCCUGACUAUCUCACUGCCCGCCAUAGCACGGGACAUUGGACUUGACGAAGCCCUUCUGCUAUGGCCGCCUAGCGUUUACGCCUUAGCUGCUGGGUGCACUCUGCUGAUCUUUGGUGCCGUCAGUGAUGUUGUUGGUCCCCGCCCAGUUUGGCUGACGGGUGCGGCUAUGUACGGCGCGUUCACCCUGGGAGUAGGUUUAUGCCGUACAGCCAGUCAGCUCAUCGCAUUUCGCACGGUCCUCGGCCUCGCCAUCGCCAUGUGCUUACCAGCUGCAGUGAGCCUUACCACUCAGAGCUUUCUCCCCGGCCGCUGGAGGAACAUGGCCUUUGCAUUCCAGGGUAUGGGCCAGCCUCUUGGAUACUCUUUGGGCCUCAUACUGGGUGGUGUCUUUACUGACACCAUUGGCUGGAGAUGGGCGUACUACAUAUCCCUCAUCAUCAACACCCUACUUGUCAUCUGUGCUGUAUUCGUCCUGCCAGGUCGACAGCAUGACAACAAGAAUGUUCUGGCCAGGUUGAGGCAUGAUACCGACUGGGUCGGGGCCCUCACUCUGAGCUCAUCACUUGGGAUAUUGUCAUACGUUCUCGCUUCCAUAAGCAAAGAUUAUCAACAAGUCAAGCUGGCCUACAACAUCGUCCUGCUUGUCCUCGGGAUCCUCCUGCUACCGGCAUUUGUGCUCUGGGUGGGUUAUAGAGAACGCAAUAAUCUCCCGGCACUGGUGCCCAACAGUCUGUGGAAGAAUGCUGUGUUCUCGACUACCUGCAUCACUGUCUUUGUUACCUGGGCUGUGUUCAAUGCAUUCCAGUACUUUGGCGCGCUCUACUUCGAACGGGUCGUGCACACUACUGCCCUAGAGGCGUCAAUUCGUUUUCUUCCCAUGGUGUUUGUCGGUGCAGGCACCAACAUCGUCACCGGUUUCCUUGUAGACAAGGUCGAAGUUGGAUUGAUGGUCAGCAUUACUGCAGCCAUCAACGUAGUGCCGCCGUUGCUUAUGGCCUUGAGCACUCCAAGCCGGGGAUACUGGAGGGGUGACUUUUUUGCGAUGCUGCUGUCGCCUUUACAUCCAGACGUACUUUUCACUGUGUCAAACCUGAUCAUUGCGAAGGCGUACCCCGGAAAGUCACAAUCUCUUGCGGGUGCUGUAUUCAAUGCAGUUUCACAGAUCGGCAAUUCUGUCGGCUUAGCUGUUACAGCAGCAAUUGCUUCUUCUUUGGCACAACGCAAGGAUAACAGUGAAGAAGGAUUACUAGAUGGAUACCACGCUGCAUUCUGGACAAUGUUUGCUGCGAUGGCCAUCGUCGUUCCCAUCACAUAUUUUGGUCUAAGACGAGGGGGGAAGGUGGGAGCCACGGACUGA